GUGUUGAUCAAGCUGUUGCCUGGCAACCUUUGUGUAGAAAUGACAGAGUUGCACCAGGCUGCAGCGGCCGGCAAUUAUGAUCAAGUUGAGGAGAUUCUGAGGCAAAAUAAUUGUAACCCCAACCAAAGAGACAUCGACUGGAGCUACAAGACUCCUCUUCACUGGGCAGCAGCUAAAGGACAUACAGAAACAGUCAGGAUCCUCAUAGAACAUGGAGCCCGGCCCUGUCUGAGGACGGAGCACGGCUGGACGGCUGCACAUUUUGCUGCAGAGUCCGGCCGGCUGGCUGUCCUGAGGCUGCUGCACUCCCUCCACGCACCCAUAGACAAGCAGGACUGCUGUGGAGACAAACCAGCACGGAUAGCCGAAAUAUACGGACACCAAGACUGUGUCAGGUUCCUUAAGAAAGCUGAGACUGAAUGUCAGAAUUACCGCAAGACAGCAACCCAGAAAGGGAUUUCAAUGGAUGAUACAGAUGAGGAGUGGGCAGAUGAGGGCAAAGAAAAUGAGGAAAAAUGCAUCUCUAAAGGCAACAUGUGAACAUAGGCUAAAAUCACUUUUACAUCGCAAUAAACGGUGGAACUUCGAAA